AUGGACAGGACGCGUGAGUUUUGUCAGCAGUUAGGGACUUGGAUUUGUCAGCUCAUUGGGAAUCUAUGCCAGGCAUUCUGGAAGUUCUGGUGUGUCACUUUGAAGAGACUUUGCUUUAAGGAAGAGGAAGACGACUACCUUCCUGCCUCUGAAUGUAUUUUCCACAAGGAAAAAAUUGCAAAACUUGGUCAUGUUUUGAGAAGUGAAUCGGAAACUCUGUAUGACAGAGCUCAAGCUGCCUAUAAGAUUGGACUCCUGGCCUUCACAGGAGGCCCAAAUGCUGCGAAAUUUGCCACUCAGUACAUGAAUGAAAUACCUAUCUUGUUGCAAAGCGACCAGGCCUUGCCCAAGACGAAGAUCCUGCUGCUCCAGAGUAUAUCAUAUUGGUGCUACUUAAACCCCACUUCCCAGAGAAAAGCCUACAGCCUGCAGUUUCUUCCUGUCCUUACGGCCAUUUUCCAUUCCGACAUUGAGUUUACCAGUAGGCAUGAGAAAAACAAGCACCUUCUGGUGAAAUUCUGGACUUGUUAUGUUCUCUCGGUCUUGACCUGCAAUAACAUGCUUUGGGUGAAGGAGCUGAACGCCUGCAAAUUUCUAAAAUAUAACUUGCAAGCCCUGGCUAUCGAAGAUUGGUCUGGAUGGCCGGAGAAUUUCGCCGAAGUGCUCUAUUUCCUCAUUGGCUUUCACCGAAUUUAA